UGCAUUCCAUGGUUCGCUGUGCUCGUCACUGAGUCUCUGGCCAUUAUCGCUCUUAAUAUCAUCACUAUUGCUGUCUUUGUAAAGCAGCGCCAGCGAAAGCGCCAGAGUACAUACUUAAUCAUCCAUCUGGCCAUGGUCGAUCUCAUGAUCGGAGCAGUGAAUGGACCUGUACGGGUUUACGAGAUCGGGAACUUCUGUGACCUGUGGGGACACGAUAUGCGAGACGCCAAUUGGUUGCCUGGAUUAGAAUAUGUAUCAAUGCAUUUUGUCCAUCUGGUCUCCAUUCUUAAUCUCGUUGUCAUUUCAUCAGAACGAGUGCACGCAACAUUUCGUUCUUUCAAUCAUCGUUUUAUUAAGAAAUGGGUUUAUGCUGUGAUGACUAUCUUAAUUUGGUUAGUGCCUGUAACAAUUUUCCCCAUAAGAGAAUCAAUACCAGUUCAUGAUUUAAGCACACGUGCCCGUCGCAACCUUGUGUAUUUUUUAUAUUAUUUUACCUUUCUUUUCAUUAUAUCUAUUUGUUAUGGUUCUAUUUACUUUAAAAUUCGAUGUAGUCGUCUUCCUCAACCUCAUGGCGCAACCGGUCUGAGGGAAAGAAAGCUGACAAGUGCGUUGUUUCUUGUCACCCUUGGAUCUUUUCUGACCCUCCUACCUGUGGCAGUGUUCUGGGGUUUGGUGGGUUUAAAUACUGAGCUAGUUUUAAGCCUUUCCUUCCAGUCACAGUUUGAUAGCUUUAUGGCAAUAAUAGUAGUUUUGAUGGCUAACUCAGUAUUGAAUCCUAUAAUCUACGCCAUACGAAUGCCAGAAAUAAGAGCUAGUGUAUUACAACUAUUAUUUUGCAGGGCUUCAAACCGCGUAAAUCAGGCCGAUAUCCCAAUUCAAGGUCUUUAAUUGUUUAUCUUAAGAGCUCAGUACAUAUUUAAAAAAAUGAAGCAAAUUAAAUUUUUUAUUCGUUAUGUUUCGAUUUCAAUCGAGAACACCUCUCUUCUAUAGGAUUUUCUUCAAUCGAGAGGCAAAAGGGAAUUCAUAAUCACAUGCAUUGACUCGUUUAACAUACUACUUUAAAAGAAAAAUAAAUGAAUGAUUAAAGGUAAAGAAGAUGUUUAACUUAUUGCAUAGCUUUCUUGGUUGAACAUAGUUUACCAAAAGGAAUAAAAUGCUGCAACAACCGGCUUUAUAAAGAAUAACCAUGCUAAGAAAGACAUGUGCCACUGGACAACAGUUAGUGACAAUCCUUUUCAGUUGAUAUAAUUGUCUUUUUAAAGGCAACUAAAAUUUCUCUUAAGAAUGGUCCAUUUAUGAUCACUGAAACGAUUGAAAAGCGAGCUAAGUUUUAUUUUGCACUUUUUAAUUGAGUACUGGCUUCCUAAAAAGAAAAGAAGCAACAACUGCAACAAAAAUUAUAAAAACCAUUUUUGCAAAGACGGAUAAGGGAUGCCAGGAUUUUUUACAGAAAAUUAAAUAGGAGUGAAGAAAUUAGAGGCUUUUAAUUAACAAUGUUACGGCCGGACUUCUUUUUGUAUAUGGAAUGGUGAGCCAGCCUUGUAAAUUGUUAUUUUUUCCACAUAUACAGCAUUUAUCCGCCAUACCAAGGCAAAUGUGAGGUUAAAAGAUAUUUGCAAUCCUAAAGUACAAUCGAUAUCAUUGAGAAGUCAGACUUCCAGCUCAAGUUAUAAACGUGGGAUUUGACAUUCGUUACUUUCUGUCAAAAGAUUAUUUAGCCGUGCAUUAUUAGCCAAAGAAGAAAAAACCAGGAUGGAUUCGGAUUACAUCUAAUAUGAUUUUAAGACCGCUAUAAAAGUUUCCCUUAUUUGCUGUAUGUAGAUACUCUUUCGUUUCCGCAAUGUAAAUACAAGUCAUAAGUCGCGCAGUCUUAAUUCUCUUAAAAAAUAUCUAAACAUGAGUAGCAUCAUCAUUUUCUCUUACAAUUCGAGCAACUUAAAUCUAAUUUAAUUCAAUAGUCCUAAACUUGAAUUUGAUACCAGCUUAGUCUUGCAUGGAACAUCAUUGAGCUCGAUAAAAUAGUAUAUGACAGGUCAUUAAAGCCAAUAAGGGACGCAAAACGUUACCUAGAGCAAGAUAGUAGUCAAUCAGUCUUUCUUUUCUGUUACUAGCACCAUGGCUAUGAGGAUAACGACUGCAACUGACUCUUACACAAAUAAACAUUUCAGGAAUGCUCAUGGCUGAAAUAGGAGCUGAAUUUUACGUUAUUUCAUUACAAAUUUCUAAUCAGGACAAGACAUUCUCACUGCAAAUGUGAUGGAGAACCUGCAAAAACUGCCUCACGUGAUGAAGUUAAAGUAGCGUACACUCACUUUUUAAUAAAAUGAUACUUGAAUGGGAAAUUACCUCGUGCAAACCUUUUAAAAGAGCCAAACAAUAUAUGAUGUUGGUAAAGAGCAAAUGAAAUUUGGUCAGACAUCGUUGGAAAUUAGCGGCUCUAGGCUAUUAGCAAACAAUAUGUGGCAAUAUCGGGCAAAGCUUCGCAUAAAACAAAAGCGCACAGGUGUAAUGCUAGAGAAUUAAGUUUGCUUCGGCCUUAAUGGAAAGACUUUUAAUAGUUGGAUCAGUAAGAGAAAAGAAAAGGACCGGAUGCGGCUCGAGAUCUCAUGACAAGAGCUCUUUCUCUGUUGAUUCUUCUUAUUUCUGAUUAAUGUGAAAAGCUUUUGUUCUUCAAUUUAUUUAGUCUUUUGUAUCCGCUAUGCCAACAUCUAUCAGAAGUCAUAUUUCUUGUCAGUUAUCUCACAAUGAAUUUAAUUAAGUUUCAUGAUCAUAAUACCAAUUACUCUCCGUUUGCAGAACUUGCGAGAAGAUAAAUUUACCGACUAUAAAAUAACAGUAAGUGAAUCUCCUUCAGACUAAAGGGGAGAAAGCCGUUAAAGCCACAUACGCAAAUUAAUAUUGUACCUCUAAUUAUUGUUUUAAUUAUGAUCAUACUAUUCAGCAAGAUUUCAGUUGCUUAGAACCAUACACAACGAGUGCCAUCAAUUAUUCAGGAUAAAUUUGGGAAACAACUAAAACGUGCCUUACUGUUCAUUACUGUUUGUUCCACAUCGAUCGGACAUGGACAACAACAAAAUAAAGGAAAUGAAGAUGAGGAAGUUGUAAAAUGUGAAACAUCACGACAGUUUUACUCAACCUAGUCUGAUAAUUGUUAAUUAUUUCCACCGAGUGGCCAACUCAUUAAUGUGCAAAUAUAUUGAGUGAACGUUUUUGUAGUUCUGACAAGAUAAACCAGACCUAAGAUUUUUGUCUCCGUUAACUAAGAGACUAAAGGGAGAAAGCGUUGAUGAAUAAUGUACGAUAUUUAAUACUGUUCUCUCCACUCGUAGGUCGUUUGGUGAAUGGAAAAUUUCAGUAGAAACGCAGUGGCCACAAACACCAGCAACAGAACUCUUACUAAGUCAAGUGAUGUGCGCUGGUUGGUAGUUCCUGUCUCAAGGUGCGUCCCAUGGUUCGCUGUGUUCAUCACUGAGUCUCUGGCCGUAAUCACUCUUAAUAUCAUCACUAUUGUUGUAUUUGUGAAGCAGCGCCAGCGACAGCGCCAGAGUACAUGCUUAAUCAUCCACCUAGCAAUGGUCGAUCUCAUGAUCGGAGCAGUGAUUGGACCUGUACGGGUUUACGAGAUCGGGAACUUCUGUGAUAUGUGGGAACACGAUAUGCGAGACGUUACUUGGUUACCUGGAGUAAAAUACGUUUUAAUGGAAAUUGUUCAUCUGGUCUCAAUUUCUAAUCUCAGCUUCAUUUCAUUAGAACGAGUGCACGCAACAUUUCGUCCUUUCAAGCAUCGUUUUAUUAAGAAAUGGGUUUAUGGACUAGUAAUUGCUGUCAUAUGGUCAGUGCCUGUAACUUUAAUCCCUAUAAGAGAAUUUACGGUGUACGAUAUUCACAGCUACCUUCGUCUCGAAGUAAUAUAUUUUUAUUAUCAUUUCACCCUUCUCUUGGUUAUAUCUGUAAGCUAUUGUUCUAUUUAUACUAAAGUCCGAUGCAGUCGUCAUCCUCAACGCCAUGGUGCAGCAGGCCUGAGAGAAAGAAAACUAACGAGUACACUGUUUCUUGUCACCUUUGGAUCGUUUUUUAUGCUCCUACCUGUGGUGGCACUCUUAGGUGUGGUGGGUUUUAAUUCUGAGCUAGUUUUACGCCUCUCUUUCCAGUUAAAGUUUCGUAUCUUCAUGACAAUGAACAUAUUUUUAUUGGCAAAUUCGCUAGUAAAUCCUAUAAUUUACGCCCUGCGGAUGCCAGCGUUGAGAGCAGGUAUAUUACAAUUAUUAUUUCGCAGGGCUCCAAACCGCUUAAACCCAGUAGAUAUUCCAAUUCAAGGUCUUUAA